AUGUUCUAGAACAUUAUGUCACCGCACCACGCCGUCCGACGUUCCCUCCAGAAUUUCACGUAUCAACAUACAGUUCGUCUUCGUUAUGAGAUGGCAUUUAAUGAGCUAACCUCCACCGCUCUGCAGCUGUACGAUGAGUGGAUCAAGGAUGCAGACCCCAGGACUAAAGACUGGCUGCUCAUGUCCUCUCCGCUGCCUCAGACCAUCAUCAUUUGUGCCUAUAUCUAUUUCGUGAUGUCACUGGGGCCCAGGCUGAUGGAAAACAAGAAACCGUUUGAUCUGAAGAAGGUCCUCGUGAUCUACAACUUUGGCGUAGUGGCUCUUUCUCUCUAUAUGUGUUAUGAGUUUGUGAUGUCUGGCUGGGGCACAGGCUACUCGUUUAGUUGUGAUCUGGUGGAUUACUCCCACUCUCCACAGGCUAUGAGGAUGGCACACACAUGCUGGCUGUACUACUUUUCCAAAUUUAUUGAACUGCUGGACACGGUGUUCUUUGUGCUGAGGAAAAAGAAUAACCAGAUCAGUUUCUUGCAUGUCUUCCAUCACUCUAUAAUGCCGUUCACAUGGUGGUUUGGUGUCAGGUUUGCUCCAGGUGGCCAGGGAACAUUCCAUGCCCUUCUGAACUGUAUAGUCCAUGUCAUAAUGUACACGUACUACGGCCUGUCGGCACUGGGGCCUGCUUAUCAGAAAUUUCUGUGGUGGAAGAAGCACCUGACGUCUAUACAGCUAACGCAGUUUGUGAUCAUCACCACACACAUUGGUCAGUACUUCUUCAUGAAGGAUUGCCCCUAUCAGUACCCUAUCUUCAUUUACAUCAUCGCCGUCUACGGCGUGGUCUUUCUUUUCCUAUUCCUCAACUUCUGGUAUCACGCGUACACCAAGGGCAAGAGGCUUCCCAAAGCUGUCCGGCGUGCAGACAAGGUCCAGAACAACAACAGCAUCGCCAACAGCAAACAGGAUUAACCACAUUUAGGAACUGUUGUGAAAUGACAAUCUGACUUGCAUGAAGUACUUGAGUGCUGCUGUUCACUGGUGUACUGUAUGUUUUAUAUUGGGGAUAUUUUAUAAUUGUGAGAAAUAAUCUAGGGCACAAAUAAUUACUACAGGUCUAAAAUGUGCUUUUAAAAAAGUCAAGGAGAAGAAUAUAACUUCAAAUUUAGCUGAAAAGAAUAAAGAUAAAUCUCCACCCCA